AUGACCUUGGACGUGUUAAUCAUCGAACCCCCGCCGGACGGGCGGGGCACGUUGCGCAUUUUCGCCAUCAUGAUCGCCCUCUCUUUGUCGAUGUUUGUCGCAGCUUUGGAUCAGACCAUCAUGGCGACGGCGAUCCCCACUAUCGCGGCCAAGCUGCACUCUGCUGCGGGGUAUACUUGGAUCGGCGGCGCUUAUCUGCUUGCUAAUGCGGCUGGUGGCUGUAUUUGGGUGAAGCUUUCGGAUAUUUGGGGCCGCAAGCUUAUUUUACUUAUUGCGGUUGCGUGGUUCUUCCUUAGCUCGAUUAUCUGUGCCGUUGCGGUUAGUAUGCAGAUGUUGAUCGCUGGCCGUGCGCUUCAGGGUGUUGCUGGUGGUGGCAUUUUGCAACUUGUGACUAUUGUCAUUUCGGAUUUGUUCAGCGUUCGACACCGCAGCUUGUAUCUCGGCUUGAUGGAGUUCAUGUGGGCUCUCGCUGGCGGCAUCGGCCCGCUACUUGGCGGUGCUUUCUCCCAGUACGUCUCCUGGAGGUGGACAUACUGGAUCAACCUGCCAGUGUCAGGAAUUGCCUUCCUUCUUCUUUUAUUCCUCCUGGAUGUACACAACCCAAAGACCAAGAUGGCGGAAGGGAUUCGGGCUAUCGAUUGGUUCGGCAGCUUCUCCGUCCUGGGCUUGACCCUGAUGCUCCUUCUUGGACUCGACUUUGGCGGAGAGACAUUUGCGUGGAGCUCUCCGACAGUGAUUUGCUUGAUCGUUUUCGGAUCGCUCUGCUCCCUGCUUUUCAUCUAUAGCGAGAAGCACCUUGCAAAGUACCCGCUGAUGCCGCUGAACAUCUUCGCUCGUCUGUCCAACAUUGCCGCCCUCGCUGUAGCCUUUGCGCAUGGCUUUGUCUUCAUCGCUGGAGAGUACUAUAUCCCGCUGUAUCUCCAAUCUGUCAAAGAAGCCUCGCCUAUGCGAUCGGGAAUCUUGAUCCUCCCGCUCUCCAUCGCCGAGGCAACCUCCGGCAUCGUUACCGGGGCAUUCAUCCACAAAACAGGUCGUUACCUCGAACUAAUCUGGAUCGGCAUGACUCUCAUGGUUAUCGGAAACGGCCUCUACAUCCACCUGGAUGUAUCCUCAUCCGUCGGUGAAAUCCUCGGCUAUCAAAUCCUGAGCGGUAUCGGUGCCGGGUUCCUGUUCCAAACGCCCAUCAUCGCUCUCCAAGCCAUGGUCUCUCAGGAAGAAACAGCCACGGCGACCGCUACUCUGGGUUUCAUUCGGAACAUCGCCAUUGCAUCGUCAAUCGUUAUUGGCGGCGUGGUGUUCCAGAAUAGCAUGGGCAAAAUGACGCCCAGUCUCCUAGCUACAGGCAUGUCGGAGAGCUUGGCGGAGAAACUGACGGGUGAUUCUGCGGCUGCGAAUAUUGAGUUUAUUAGGGAUAUUAAGGAUGCGACGCAGUUGCUUGCUGUUAAGCAUGCUUUUGCGUGGAGUAUGCGGAAUAUGUGGAUUAUGUAUACGUGCAUGGCGGGUGUGGGUGUUUUCUGUUCUGCAUUCAUUCUGAAGACGCGAUUGAACAAGGAGCAUGUUGAGACUCUCACUGGUCUCAAGAGUGAGAAGACUCCUGUUCUUGAUGAGGUGCAUGCUGUGCAGAAUCUUCCUGCCACUGUAUAG